UUUUUCUUUCAUUUGCGUGAGGAUUGUGAAGAAUAUUCUUGCUUUGUUGUUAAUUUUCUGCAAAAAAUUAUACUAAACCGUAUCAAACCACAGCCAUCCAAAUGAACGCAGCGUGCGUUAAACCGAACUCCAGUAGUUCCGAAAGUGAGCAUUCAAAUGACGAAAUCUGGGACGACACCCUUAUUAUACGCAAAUACGAUGAAUCGCUGGCAAUGGUCAAGGAAGAGGUCGCUAAGCGUUUGGCCAUGAAAACAAACAAAAAGAUGGCAACUAAAGUUGCCGUUUGUAACGGGCAACCGGCCGCCACUGCUGAAAACGAUGAAAGUGGUGCGGUAAAACAUGAGCCCUCAGGAGAAGGAACAUCCGCUGCGGAGAAAGGAACGAGUGAGUUGGAUGAAAAGGCUGUGUUUAAACCCGGCGAAUAUUAUCGUGCCACGUAUGACGAUGGCGUUGAUUACGAGAUUAAAAUUUUGGCCGUAAAGGAAGGCGAUGCUUUGAUUCGCUACAUCGGCUACAACAAUGAACAAACGGUUCCGGUAGAAAAUCUGGUUCCAUCGUGGGGUCGUAAAGCGCGCCGCAAGCAACGUGAGGAUGCAGCGGAACUCGCUGCACUUGAAGACCAACAACAGCAGAUGGAGAUUAGCGACGACGAGGAAAAGCUCACAAAGAAAGCUAGCAAAAUUCGCAUCAACUACAGUCCAAGCUUUCGGAUGCCGAAAGCGGGACCGGCUGCGAUGCCGCCCGCCGGCUACAGUGCCGGGCCGAUGGGCAUGGGAGCUUCCUUCAUGGUACCACCGCCACCACCGAUGCCUCCGAUGCUGGAGGACGAAGACGAUCUCGAGUCGGAAAAUCUCUCGGCCAUGCUCAUGUCAUGGUACAUGAGUGGCUACUACACAGGACUCUACCACGGACAGAAGAUGUCGCAAAAGCGAGCCAGACCGUCUUAGUUUGACCGGUUUUCGGGUUCACUUUUUGUUGAGGUAUUUUUGACUUAUAUUACUUUUAGUUGAUAAGGAUCCUUUUUUUCUCGUUCGUAAAAUCAGUUGGAUUCAAAAUGAAAUUUACUUCUUUGCAAUCAGGAAUUUGAAUAUUUUAAGUUCCGGAAAUUUA